AUGUUCGCUUCGGAGAUAAGUCGAGAUAAGUCGCGGCCGGCUGAAUUCCUGGGCGUCCUUUCAGCUACCGCACAGCUUGCUGACCAGGCCAUCCGAGUCUUGGGACGGAUUCGCAAGGCCCGCCAGCGCAUAAAGGCACUUCCUGGCCUUCUUGCUCAACAUGAAAGCGAGUUGAAAAGCGUCAGAUCCAUGAUAGGUAUUAUUGAAGAUGUGAAGGAUUUGCAGACCGCCAACGUUUGCUCGGAAGUUCUGAGACUGAAGGAAGUCGGAGAUAAGCUGAUCGAGUUGCUAAAAGAGAUGGAGGCACCAAGAAAGCCGGUUCAGCAGCUUGCGCACCAGUUGACUAACGGCUCUCUGGAUGAGAGCAGGCUGUCUGGUACCAUGAGCGAACUGGGCCAGGUAAAGUCCAUGCUUCUCCUCCGCAUACAAGUCGCCAACGUUGGAGUGAUGCGCGAUAUGCAACAAGGACUCGUGGCGAAUACUGAGGUCAUUGCGCGUGUCGACCAGUUUCUCAGAGAUGAGGUGGGCGGUUGUGAGGGUCUGAGGAUUGCGCGAUUGCUCCACGGACGACGUCCGUCAAGGUUAGAUGAUGGUACUGUACAGUUAACACCCGCCGACUUGAGAUCGCUAAGGAAUAACGCCAAUGGAGAGGACAGCGAAGAUGAGACUCUGGUCGACGAUUCAGACUCGUCCACGGGCUCUACGACUAAAAAGCGGGUAACGACUGAGCGCAUCAUCUUGCGCAAUAUGGCCAGGGACCAGGCCUUGCAGAUCAAUGCACCCAUUGGAAAAGAUCUCUGGAAAGCCAUCGACCGAAUAGUGAUCGAACAUAACACCGCCGAGGGCGAGGCUGUCCAGGUCAACUACAAUAAUACACUCGAAGAUACGAUCGCGUUGAUCACAUUGAAACACAAGUUCAAAUUGGAAGCGCUGAAGCAGACGUCGUCGUAUGGGCGUCGCGAUAGUUUAAUGAGUCCUCCAUGAGUAAGCUUAGUAUUGGACUGGUGUUGUUGGAUUUCCUAGGUGGGCCGGGAUUAGCUGCGGGUCAAAAGACAGUGGAGAGCCCCAACAUACGGACGUUGAAAUAGUACAAUGGGACCACGAACCUUGGUAAUGACCUGGCAAUGGACAAAGGAAUCACACUGUACUUCCAUAGUAACAUAUUCUCAGCAAUGCUUUCCU